AUACUUAAAGGGUCGCUGACAGCGUAAUAGGCUGGGCUGUGUCAUUGAGUCGGUUGGUAGAUUUUAGUAAUAUCAUUGCAUUGGCAGUUUUAAUAUCUUUCUAUGGAACCAAACUUAAAACCUGGUUAUUUUUAUUCUUAUGUGAUUUUCCCUGUUUAAAGUUCCAUAUCUGAAAGUAUGUCUUUAUAUCAUUUAGAACAUCAAAAUACAUUUUAAAGUUCUACUUUCUAGGAAUCACGUCUUGUUUCGCAAAGUUUUGCAGGUUCGUUCUGUUGAAUCUAUGUUUACUAAAUAAAAUUCACAAAAUCCAGGGAGAGGCCAUUUAAAAACAGUAAUUCUUCUCGUAAAAUCUGUUGUCCCUAAAUCUUAUACACUAGUCACAUUAUAUUAAUAAUUAACAUUUUUCUCUCGAAAAUCAAAUCCACGUUUUUGAGGCGGGUUCGUAAUCACGUUGUUCUACUUAAAACGUCGUCAAUUGAGAAUUAGUCCGAGAUUAUCAGUUAGGGCUCAGGUUGUGAAAAACGACAUCACAUAUCUGAAGCAACGUGUCCACUAAGGUGAUCGGUGUUUAGAUAGUUGGAACAAGAUGACCGAUUAUGAAAAAGAUAAAUUCAAUACUGAAAUGAACAGCUAUCCAGUAAACGGAGGAUCCCUCCAAUCUACAGAUAAAUCUUCGGAUGUUAAUACUGUUGCUCCUGUCAAAUCUCUGGAUGAUGACUUACCAGAGAGAGGUCACUGGGUUGGAAAACUUGAUUUUCUUAUGUCUUGUGUGGGGUACGCCAUUGGCCUGGGAAAUGUUUGGAGAUUCCCGUACUUGUGUUACAAGAAUGGUGGAGGUGCAUUCUUAGUUCCGUACUUGCUGACUCUGUUUCUGGCAGGUAUACCCACUUUCUUCUUGGAAACAUCUUUAGGCCAGUUCUUAAGUAUCGGUGGCCUCGGAGUAUGGAAGAUUUGUCCAAUUUUUAAAGGAGUUGGGUAUGCUGCAGCAAUGAUGGCCUUUUGGUUAAACGCAUAUUACAUUGUGGUAUUGGCUUGGGCUAUCUAUUAUAUUGUGUCUUCGUUGGACUGGGACGUCCCCUGGCGGACUUGUGACAACUGGUGGAAUUCUAUCUUUUGUAUGUCGGAGUACGAUCGAGUUCAGCCCAACUGUACGGGUAUUCCAGACCAGGAUCCAGCUUUGUGUGCUUACAACUUGUCCAAUCCUAAUCUUUUCCAAAGCCCCGUCAAGGAGUAUUGGGAGCGCAACGUUCUGCAGAUUACCCAUGGUUUGGAAGAACCAGGCGAUAUACGUUGGCAGUUAGCUAUCACUCUUGCUGUAGCUUGGGUCAUAUGUUACUUCUGCAUUUGGAAAGGCGUCAAGUGGACUGGAAAGGUGGUGUAUUUCACAGCUUUAUUCCCCUAUUUUCUGCUUUUCAUACUUCUCAUCCGAGGAUUAACUUUACCAGGAUCAGGUGAAGGAAUCAAGUUCUACGUCAUGCCCAAAAUGGACAAGCUUUUGGAUUCCACUGUAUGGAUCGAUGCUGCCACCCAGAUCUUCUUUUCUUAUGGACUUGGUUUAGGCUCACUCAUUGCUUUGGGCAGUUACAACAAGUACCAUAACAACGUUUACAAAGAUGCUCUCAUCGUUUCGUGUAUUAACAGUGGGACUUCCAUGUUCUCUGGUUUUGUAAUAUUUUCCGUUAUUGGAUUUAUGGCACACGAACAACAAAAACCCAUAGAACAGGUUGCUGCUUCAGGUCCCGGUCUUGCUUUCCUAGCCUACCCGUCAGCAACCCUGAAGUUGCCCAUUUCUCCUCUUUGGGCUGUUCUGUUCUUUCUAAUGAUAAUGAUGCUUGGACUCGAUAGUCAGUUCUGCACAAUGGAAGGUUUUAUCACAGCAAUAGUUGACGAGUGGCCAAGAACACUGCGUCCUCACAAGGAAAUUUUCAUUGCUUUCGUGUGUUUAAUUUCGUAUAUCAUCGGCCUUGGAUUCGUAGCUCAGGGCGGGAUGUAUGUGUUUCAACUAUUUGAAUAUUAUGCAGCUAGUGGAUUUUCUUUACUCUUCCUUAUCUUCUUUGAAGUUGUCUCCAUCUCUUGGUCUUAUGGUGUGAAUCGAUUUUAUGACAACAUAAAGGAUAUGAUCGGUUAUUACCCUUGCCUGUGGUGGAAACUCUGCUGGUUCGUGUUCACACCUCUUAUUUGCGGAGGAGUCUUUCUCUUCAGUUUGGUUCAGUACAAACCACUCGAUUACAUAGGCUACGUCUAUCCAUGGUGGGGCCAGCUGAUUGGUUGGAUGCUGGCGUUGUCAUCUAUGCUAUGUAUCCCUGCGUACGCCAUCUACAUUUUUCUUCUUACUCCCGGCACUCUCAGAGAGCGAUGCAAGAAACUGUUUCGACCGGACAUUGAUCUUCUGACAGAAGUCCGAAAAAGACAAAUACGUGAAAGUGGAAUAACUGCAACAACGGCCGUUUAAUUCGUUAGAUAAAUUUUCAACUGAAUUAAUAACACUCCUGAUGGUAGAUGUCACCUUUUACUAAACGAUAGUUUUGUGAAGAAAAAACCAAAAUGUUUUUUCUUGUUGGUUUUCGAUGAGUUCCACGAGAGAUAUCACUGAAUUUAAGACUUUAACAACAACAGUAUUAACACAAUCAACAACAACAAAUAGAAAUCAGUUUAAAAACUAAAUUAGUUUGAGUUAUCUAAAACUACCACAAGAAACCACCAUUUUACAAAACUCGACUUUUUAAUUAAAUAAGACGGGAAUUAUUCAUCAGAAACAAAUUCAAGAUAUCCUGAUAAUUUCAUUAAAAUUAGAUAUGUUAAGUUGCACUACCUCUGAUUGAUCUUUAAAAGUUAACAAGUGAAAAGUGCUAUAUUCUUGAAAUACAUGAUACAGGAUAUUAACACAGUUGUAUUUUUGUGACAUUUUUUCUAAUUAGUUCCACAAAAGCUUUUUUAUUUGCUGGUAUCAAGAAAGCUUAUAUAGCGUAUAAAAUGUCUUCAAACGUAUAGAAUAUUCUUGAAUUUACUGUAGUGUGAAAUUGUUCAUAUAACACAGAAUAUGUUUAUUUCAUUUUCUCGAAAUUAAACUUAUUUGAUUUUGAUAUGUUAUCGUAUAGAAGCAAUACGAGAAAAAAAGGAAAAUUAUAUCGUUCUGUUUAAAUUAAAUUUGACCUUACUAAUAUUAAAUCUAUUUCGCAAAUGCAGUACACAUUUUCUUUUUUUUUCUAAGUUAACAAGACCACCAUACUUACUAAGGAAUGUAGUAUAUUAGUAAAACCAAAAUCAUCUUUUCUUAGUAUGUUAUAAAAAGGAGUAGUGUACGUUAGAAAUCCUAAAACCAGCGUUUCGCGUUUCCCUAUGCAUUCCCAUAUCUAGCUAUUUAAGUGUUUUUUAUUACUUUUUUGUUUUAAAUUGUUGAUUUUAGUGUUGGAAUGAAAAAUACGUCUUUUUUGAUACAAAUACAGAAAUGAUAAUGAUUUUUGGCAAAUAUAUCUUAAUAUUUAAUACAGUUUGCUAUUUCACAUCUGUAUCGUCUAUUAAAAAUAAAGAUAUCAUUAAAAGAAAUAUUCAACUUUAUUAACAACCCAUUAGGAAAAAGAAAAUUUGUCAUUGUUGUAAAAACAAUGCUUAGAAGAAACGAGAAGCUGAUAGAUUUGAAAUAUAUAAAAUUAUUAGGUAGAAAUCAUUUGCACCUAUUUAACUCCCUCGUGGAAUUCAGAAAAGUUCUAAGUUCUUUUUCAACCGUAACUACAAAAUCAUGAAGUUUCUAUAUAUCUAGAAAUAUUAAAAUUAAUUAAUUUAUUUACUAGAAAUUUAAUGAAAAAUGUUUUAAAAUAUAUAACGCUAAAAUCUACUAAAUCGCAUUGGAGAGAUACCUUAAGUAUUUUGAAAAUAAUUUAGUAGUUAUUGAACUAAUUAAUUUUUUGUACAAAGUUAUAUUUAUUAGAUAUCUUAAUUAAAAUCAAAUCAACAACUUGCAAGUUUUCUUAUCUUAGAUAGACUGCUGCAAGUGAAGGAACAAAUCUUAGUUGAAUUUUCAUGAAACCAAAAAUAUGAUAAACUUGUUGAAUAUAGAACUAAAUUUUCUAUAAGAUGCUCAUUUAAUUUUAAUUUUAUUGUAUUCUUAGUAUAGCUGAUUUUCUUUGUUACAAUAUUUUCAAAUUCUUAACUUUCUAGUUGGAAAGUUAAUUAUUCCUGCUAUUUGUGCACUCAUUCGUUUAGUGAAGAAAUUGAAAAUCGUUGUAAAUAAGCACACGGGGUUGUUUUUUUCAAAAAUCUUCAUAUUUUAAACAAAAAAGAGUGAAAAAUAGAGACUUUGGUACGGACCUUUUUAGAAUAUAAAUUCAAUAUUAACAUUUGUUUCGUAACUGUUUUCCUUUUAAAAUUGUCUCAGUAAUAGUGGUGCGAGAUGAUGUAUUGUAACCUGUUGUUGAUGUUAUUAUUCUACUUUACACUGAAGUAUUUUCUAAUAUUUUGAUUGUAGACAUAUAAUUACAUUCAGAAUAUGUAGUGCGUGUUGUAGAUUUCAGUAAUGUAGUAGUUUUUCUUUUUUUAUGACUGAAAACUGAAGUGGAAUUGUUUAUUACAGCGUGUGAGAAUCCAAAAUAAAGGUUUUCAUUCUUCA